AUGCCCCCAGUUAGGGACCUCCAAGUCCCAGAGAAGCAGCGGCUUUGGGCAGAACCAUUCUCUGGAGGUGGAGAUCUGGGCUACCUCAGUGGACUGAGGACUCAAGAUGCACCCGAAGGGAGGCCGGGGCAGGGAUGCGCCGGGGACCAGGAGGGGCCCGGGGAACCCCCAGCAGUCAUCCGUGCACCCCCGCCCGCGGUCAGUCCCGCUCCAGAGUCCUCCACCGAGCCUGAACCCUCCCCUGCGCAGGCACCCACGGCUGGACAGGGAGCAGGUUCUGGAUCCCGAUCCAGAUCCCCACCCGUCUUGGACCCCCCAGCCGGAGUUCGCCCGGCCUCCGAGGCUGGAUCUGGGCCGCGAGCCCAGCGCGCGUCCUCAUUCUCGGCCGUCCAGAGAAAUGUCCAGUCUGCGCCCAGGAGCUCGGAUGCGCCGUGGACCCGUUUCAUAUUUCAAGGACUUUUUGGUCUCCGGGCCACUGGCCUGGGGACUGGAGAGGCAGAGGACAUGUGGACAACGCCGGCUGCCUACAUCGGCCCGCGGUCAGGAGUGUCAGGCCCCGAGCACGCCGCCUUUAUUCGGGAGUCGGAGGAAGCUAAACGGGGUCCCGAGACCCCCUAUCGGGUGGAGCUAGGGCAGCUGCAGGCAGGAGGGGGCCCCAUCGGGUCCAGGCACCCCGCCCCAUCUGGCAUUCGGUCCCAGCCCUCUAUCCACCCACGCGACAUCACCGACUGCAGUGCCUGUCUGGUCGCCUCUCCCCCUCCUGCUCUUCUCUCGGUCCCUGAUUUUCGUCAGUGGUUCGGGUCCUGGGGCGCGCGCGCAACUCCGCCCAACUUUGUGAGCCUGUUGCUGCAGGAGAUCUGCGCACUCUCAGUGCCCACCUCCCUGGUCCAACGCAGUCCCCGGAGAGGGGCGGGGGCUGUGAAGGGCGCUGCCUCGCACGCUCUGAGCCUGCGCUGGGCGCGAGCGCCAGCGACCGGAAGCCUGUCAGUCAAGAAGAUCACCCAAGAAAAUGUCAAAGUGAUGUUAAACUUGGUAGAGGAGGUGUGCUGCCUUCUCUACCGCAGCCGCCAGGGCCUUAGCCAGGCCCCUGUUUUAAUUCUGUCCUGGAGGGCAGUGGUCCCCAAUUUUUUUGGCACCAGGGACCGGUGCUCCUUUGAGAAUCUAAUGCCUGAUGAUCUGAGGCUUCUCCCACCUGUCUGGGAGGUCCCCAAAAACCAAGAAUAUAUUUCCCAUGGACGGGGGUCCCUUGGCUAGUCCCUAGUGAAACAGAACGAUGUUCUGAUAGAGGAGAACAGCAAGGCCGUGCUGGGCUCAGCCAGGGAGGAGAUUUUACACCUUAGACACCAGGUGAGCUUGGAGGAUGACCUCCUUCAGCUCUACUCAGACUCUGAGGAGGAGGAGGAGGAGGAGGGGGAGGAAUAUGAGGAAGAAGAAGAACAGGAAGUAGAGGAGGAGCGGCAUCGUGAUCAUCCCUGUGAAGCCCCCGAGCUGACCCCUCUACCAGAGUCGGAGCCGCUUCACCACUGCCCACAGCUAGAAGCUCUGCAGGAGCAGCCGGGGCUGAUGGAGGAAGAGAAGGAGCAUGGGGAGGUUGGGGACUCUGGCUGGGGCUGGUUGCAGAGUCAGGGAAAGACUUCCCUGCCUCUCUUGCACUAUAGUGAAGAGCCAGAGGAGGAGCAGGGGUUCGAGGCUGAGGAGAAGUCGAUGCGCGAGGAUUUCAUGCCUGCGGAGGAGUUAGUGCCUGAGGAGGAGCUGGGGUCCACAGAAGAGGUGGUGCUAGCUGAGGAGGGGGAGACGGAAGAGGUGGAGCUGGCGUUGGAGGAGGCUGAGGCCUGGGAGGAGGCGGAGGCAGAACUGGAUGAGGCAACGCGGAGGAAUGUGGUGGCCUCAGCCCUGGAGGCCCGCGGCUUGGGCCUCUCGCCUGACAUGAUAUAUGUCCUCCAGCAGCUGGCCAACUGGCAGGACACCCAUUGCAGGUAGCAGCUGAGGCAGAAGAUGCUCCAGAAAGGUGAGUGCUCCCAUGUGGGCCUCCCUCUGGCCAGCGGGAGAAGCUACAGAUCAUCAAACCAAUGAAAAGUAAGGGUCCAUGAGCUCCCCUCUGCUCCCUCCCUUACCCUGGCCUGGCCCCGACCCAGUGUGUGCCAAUUUGUAUGGACUUUGCAUCAACAAGCCAGGUUGGCUCAGCAGAAACUGCUCAUUUACAUGGAAUUUGCAUAGGAUUCCAGAUCUCCACCACCUUUUCUGGGCUGGGAGUCAGGGCGGGGAGUCAGCCCCCACUGCACCUCAGCUUCCUGUCUCUGCCCACCCCCUUCCCCUGUCCCUCACCCCUGCCUCCCCAUCCCCAAGGCUCCCCAACCCUGCAGCAAUGGCAGCAACAGGCAGAAACAAACAUGGGGGAGCAGGAUCAUGGAGCAGCUGCCCAGGGUGCCGACCCAGGACUUUCGAAGGAGGAAGACAGGGCCAACUACCCUCCCAUGGCUGGAAGGAAGAAGGGCUUUCUGGAGCCACUAGGCUGCUGGGACAAAGGCCUCUGCCAGCAAGGGCCAUAGUUGGACCAGUCCCCUGUGUGAAUCUGAAGGUGGGCUAGGGUCUCCUGCAGGGUAGGGGUGGAUAGAUCAGGGUCUCCUCUCCUCAGUUAGAAAUCCCAAAAGUUGGUGACCUGCACUUGCCGAGUGCAGGCUAUGUGCUAGGCCUUGUGAGCCCUGCCUUCAGGGAACUCACAGAGGUAUCAAAGAUGAUUUACUUAUGCGUGUUAUCUCCUUUAAUCCUCUCACCCCUGUGGGUAGAUAUUAUCUUCAUUUAUUUGGUGAAGGAACUGAGGUUCAGAGAGAGAAAGUAACUCCGUCAGAGUCUCACAGCUAGAGUGGAUCUGAGCCUGGUCUCGUCACCAUUAUGCCAUAAAUAGUGACUUCCCUGGCCCAUCCCUCUCUUCUGACCAUGUCCUGGUCCCUGCCUGGCCUGCUAGGUCAGCCAUGAAGUUUAUAACCUGUCGGCAGCCUCACCAUUAUAUCUGGCCUGUCCUCACUCAGAUGGCCCUUUCGGCAUCGCUGGGUGGCCUCAUCAGGGUCACCGUGGAAGGCUGUGCAGAUUGUAAACUGAUGGUGACCUCUGUGGCCAAGCAGUGGGCAACCUUCAUAGCUAUCAAUGGCAGCCGUCUCUUCCUGAUAAGGCUGACCAGGCCCCCGCCGAUGCCUGCUGCCUAGGCCAGGCCUGUGGCCCUCAGGCCCCCCAGUUCACAUCUACCCACUUCUCUUCCAGGCUUUGCUGAUUCCCAGCAGCCUGCAGAGGCCCCACAGAAAGCCCGAGGCCCCUCUUUUUGCUGCCUGGCCAAGUCCCACUCCCCCGCCCCAGGACCCCCCUUUCCAUCCUCAGAAGUGGGACCCCCUGUCUGUCACCAGCCCAUCCUCUGUCCUGAUGAACCUGGGCUGGUGUUGGAGGGCCCAAGCCUUGACCCUCUUCUGGGACGGGCUGAAGGAAGCCUGGCCCUCCUUCUGCAGCUAGAGCAAAAGCUGUGGCUGCUGGGCCUGGGUCCCAUGGUGGCCCCAGGGACUGAAGAAGCCCAGAGUGAGGCCUAUCAGCUACCAGACCCAGCUCCGAGCUGGGGGAGGGGCAUUGGCCCCUGGAGCAGGAAGUUGUUCUGAGUACCCUUCUAAAACCAUACCCUUACCCCUUGACCUCCAAAUUAAAGGUGGCUCCUGAGUCCUUGUGAUUUUUGGGGACCCCCAUUCUUGGCCCUUUCUUCUCAGUCCCUAAUUACUGUUUAUAACUGGAAGCAUUUCUAUGUGAGGAGUCUCUCUGCCCUGUGGUGGGCGGUGUGCCUCCCCCUCCCCUUCCUUGGCCUGUGAGGGUCCAGGCUCCCGCCUCAGGCCCAGUCACUCCCUCCCACUGCCCUCUCCUUAGUGCUCCUUGUUUCCUUCUUCCCGAUCUCCUAUUCUUCACUCAUAAACAUCUGCAACCAGGGGCCUGUGACCCCCACUGCUACUGCUCUGCUCCCACCAUGCUUCUCACUGUCCUGUUGCUUGUCAUCCUGUGCACUUGUCAUUGCAGGAAAUAAACAACCUGUGCUCUA